AUGGAUGCCAAAAAGGCUAAGGAGCAGCCACCGGAAAACCCCUUUAUCCCCGCGGGCAGGUCCGCGGCUCGGCCCCUCGCGCUGCAGCAAGGCCCGGGCCCUGCGAAAGGCCUUCGGGAGAAGGUGCGCAGGAGCACGUCCCGGGAACGGCUGGCCGAAAUCGUCCUGCUCACCAAGGACAUCCAGGAAGGGGACACUCUGAAUGCCAUUGCGCUGCAGUACUGUUGCUCAGUUGCAGACAUCAAGAGGGUUAACAAUCUUAUCAACGAUCAAGAUUUUUUUGCGUUGAGGUCUAUCAAAAUUCCAGUGAAGAAGUUCAGUGUAUUGACUGAAACGCAUGUGUCUCCAAAAGGAAGGCCUGCUCUACGGGCUGCUCACUGUUCCUCAGAGGCACAGGGCAUGUCACCUUCUGAUAAAUUCUCUGCUAAUGAGACUGCUGGCAACUUCUUAAAAGAAGUGGAUCGUGAUAUAGAACAAAUAGUGAAGUGUAAUGAUACAAAGAGAGAGAAUCUUGAUGAAGUUGUUUCUGCCUUAGCAUCCCAGCAGGUCUGUUUUGAAACUGAUGGCAAAACUAAAAAAAGCAGGGAUCCUUACUACGGAGCAGACUGGGGUAUAGGAUGGUGGACAGCUGUAGUGAUUAUGUUGGUUAUUGGCAUAGUAACUCCAGUUUUUUAUCUUCUGUAUUACGAAGUUUUAGUGAAAGCAGAUGUCAGUCACCAUUCUACAAUGGAAUCUUCCCAUUCAGGUGUCACAGCACCAUCGCAUCAGAAACAAAUAGAAAAUGGAAUAAAUUCAGAAAAUAUUAUAAAUGUUAAUCGAGGACAUAAAUGA